AUGACUUUUGAUGCCUACUACAAGGCCAACAUUGGCAGCGAAAAUUUGAGCAACAGCGAGGCUCGAAUUGUCGCCAUCAUGAAACUGAAGAGGCCGGGCCCCAAUGGCGAGGAGUACAUCAUUCAACCCCCCUGCGGUGACGGUGACAACUGGGGCUGCAACAGAUUGGUCAAGGACCUCAACGUGUUGACUGAUGACAAGGUUGCCGCCGUCCCGGACACAACACCGUUCAACUGGAGGCAGCUAAAGGCGGCUGGAAAGGUUGCAGUCACGCAGUCACCCACGCCGGCCGAUAAUGAAUCGGAUCCAGGUACUUCUGAUACGGGCCAGGUCAAGCCGCCGCCCAAGCAUCCUUCUCAGGGUAAAAAGCCGGGUACAUCCCACGAUGAACAGGGAACCGGCAAUCCCGGGGAUGACGAAAUUGAGCCGCCACCCAAGCAUCCGAGUACGAGACCCGACAGGCCGGCUAGGCCAGCUACCCAGGGAGACGGGGAGGACCAUCCGGGGCAAGGCGGUGAUGAUGACGACAACCCUAGCACUGGCACCAAGCCCAAGACCAAGCCCAAGCCAAAGGGUAAUGGAAGGACACGUCGUCACUUCUACGCAUAG